AUGGACUACUGCGCUGCAUUUGGAUGUAAUAAUAAGGCAGAAAAGGACAAAGGGAUACGUUUCUUCACUUUUCCUAAAGAUGUUAAUCUCAGAAAGCAGUGGGCUCAUUAUUGUCGGCGAAAGAACUUUACUCCCACUUCAGGACACAGAUUAUGCUCGGAUCACUUUUCACCCAAUUGUUUCAAACAAGACCCCCAGCUUCUCAGAAAAAUGGGGCUUCAAGAAACAUUUAGGAAACGUUUGAGGUUAAAUGCCGUCCCAGAUGUGCCACUUUUACUGAAGAAGAGCUGUGUAGCGAACAGACCAAAGCAAAGGUCCGUGGAGCUUAUGCAAAGCGAAAGAAAGCAUAGGUACAGACCCUGA